AUGGUCCACGCCAAAGAUGCAUUGUCGAUGCUUCAAACCCCUUUCCAGUCUUCAACGUCGCUAGGACUUGCAAGACAUCGCGGAGCCGUGCCUUCGCCCUCACAUUCCGCCAACUCUUCGACCGUUGACCCGGCAUCCCCGGAAGUAAUAUCUUCAUUAAUCUCAUCCCUUUCAACGAUUUCCGUACCCCUUCAAUCUCAUUUCGACAACGUGCCGUGCAUUGAUUCGGAUACUGGCCCCUCGUCGCCGAUCUUUUCACCCUCCGAGCAACAUUCGGUUUCUGACCAGCGCUCCCUCAACGAACAUGGCCUGGGUGUGAGCUACGGGACAACCACGGCUUCCGACGGGGCAACAAAUAGUCCCUUUCUGCAUCCAGAUGAUGCAGCUGCUGCGCCCGUCAUUCGUAUGGCCCGAGCUCCUCCAUCUCCAAAGUCUAAAACAACCUUCGACCCUCCACCCUCGCCAGGUCGACCCACCUCCCGAGGCUCGUACACGUCGACGAAGGCGGCGUACGAAGACUACGCAUUUGGCAUGAUCACCACGGAGCCUGGUCCCCGGGUUGCGGCCACACCGAGCAUUGCCUCGUCAGGCUCCAGAAAAAGCCUCAAGAAUCAAUUGGGUCUCCUGAAGAAGAGCUCUCGAGAAUUCGCCAGCGACAAAGACAAAGAUCAGCGCGCGGAGAGAUUGCGGAAGACAAGUAGCUACAACGAUAGUUUGAGGCACAAUCUUCCCCGUAGCAGAGCCAGCCUACGAUCGUUGUAUUCUAUGGCCGACGUUGCCGAAGAGGGGCGGCCGAACCCAUCCGACGUGGAAUCAGCAAGAGCAAAUACCAUGAGCAGAAGCUCCAGCAAGGAACGCCAUUCGUCGCAGUACACUCGUGAAAGUGCACCCAGUACUCCCGGUGGAAUCGGAAGCGGCAGGGUCAUUCCGGCCCGUGAAUCGUCUCUUCGGCACAGCUUCUCAUCCAGUCCUAAGCGGCGCAGGUCCAUACGUCAUGCUCGAUAUUCCUCAACAGGGAGUAGAGAGACCAAAGCGGACGCCAAGGUCGUCGGUACGAGUAACGAGGCCGAACAGGUAGCUAAGAGAAUCCAAGAACUGAAGGACCAGCAACAGAAAAUCAAGACCGAAUUGGAGAUUGACGACAGUCCUGACACCCCUGAUAGACCUUCAAGGGAGCCACCUUACAAGCAAACCCGGCUGUCCCGCGCACCAGACGACAGUCCUGAGGGAAAUAUUCAGAGGGAAAGUGUGCAUACAAGUGAUGCGAAGUUUGAUGAGAGCGCUCCAGCGCCGGCGGUUAUGACGGGGAAGAGCCGAUCGACCCAACGCAACAGCACGUCGCUCGCUUCUACACCGUCCAAUUCGCCACUCAAGUCCUUUGCGGCAAGACAGUCAUUUGACAAGUCCGUUCAGAUCGAGAAGACCCGAUAUAGGCAGUCGAUAGAAUCUUCAACUCCGCCUCUACAUGAUAAACAUUCUCCUUCCGGCCAGGCUUCCGCGAGUCAUGAGUCGAUUGGCGAUGAACGACCAUCGAGUGCCGAUUCUGUUGAUCUUGCCGUAUUCGACUACAUAUUGUCUCCAAAACUGACGCAAAGAAUUUCUCAUCCUACCACUGGCCGUGCAAUAGCGUUUUCCGAAGUAGGAGACCCGAAGGGUUACGUAGUGCUUUGCUGUCUUGGGAUGGGCCUAACCCGGUACUUGAUGGCAUUCUAUGACGAGUUAGCCCGGUCUCUCCAUCUCCGACUUAUAACACUGGAUCGUCCGGGAGUUGGUGAGAGUGGGCCUUAUGUGGGUGAGUCGGGUACUCCUCUCAGCUGGCCUGACGAUGUUGCCAUUGUAUGCAAUUAUCUCAAAGUAAACAAGUUCUCCAUUCUUGCCCACUCUGCGGGCGCCAUUUACGCAUUGGCAACGGCCUUGAGGAUCCCCCAGCACAUCCGGGGGCGCAUACACCUUUUGGCCCCCUGGAUACCGCCAUCCCAACUGUCCAGCAUAAGCUCGCCGAAAGCACCUGUCCCCACGAACGCCGUUCCUUAUUCUCAGAGGAUUCUUCGUGCCCUCCCGACCUCCAUUCUGAAGGUCGCAAAUUCCAGCUUUAUGAGUGCAACAAGUGCUAGUAUCACCUCCAGCCUACCAAAAUCUCCACGACGUGCUAGGCGAAGAGCUACAGUCAAAGAUUCAUCCAACGCAGCUGCUCUCGAGUCUAAUGAUGCGGAACGAUUUCAAAGCAAGAUUCAGCAACAGGGGGAGGAUUUUCGGAAGCUCCAGAGUAUUAAGGCGCCGCAAAUACCAAAUGGGUUGGCAGAUAAGAAGCGCGAUGUUGUGACAAGCCAAGCUGCGGUCGCCGUGCCCGAAGACCGGGAACGCCAGACCGAUUAUGAUACUCGACUGACCCACAAAAUUUGGGAACUGGCCACUACAAACGCCAAUCCGGCAGUUGACCUGCUGGUGUGCUUGGAACGCCGCCAACCGAUUGGGUUUCGAUAUGUCGAUAUUACUCGAAACGUGGUUAUCCACCAUGGUAGCAGGGAUACGCGUGUUCCUGUUGACAACGUGAGAUGGUUGGGUCAAACCAUGCGGCGAUGUGAGGUUCGGGUCCUUGAAGGCGAAGGCCAUGGAUUGAUGGCCUCGGCGGCGGUGAUGGGCAAUGUCCUCAUGGAAAUUGCCAAAGAGUGGGAGGACUGGAUGAUCGUGGUCCAGGGCAAGCGCCGAGGGACCAUGGGCACACGGCCAGGGAUCGCCGUUCAAGCAUAG